AUGUACAGCGGAUACGACGACUACCCCAGCUACGGCAUGGGCGGAUACGGCAGCUCCAGAGGAGGCGGAUUCAUCGAGCAGUACCGGUGCUACUCUGUCGCCAUGAUGCAGGGAAACGAACGUCAAAACGUCAACCAUGGCGGAAAGAUUAUUUUGCCACAGUCUGCAUUGGCAAAGCUCGCCUCACUCCACAUCCAGUACCCUAUGCUGUUUGAGCUCUCCAAGGGAUCGCAGUCAACACACGCCGGUGUGCUCGAGUUUAUCGCGGAGGAAGGACGUGUCUACUUGCCUCACUGGAUGAUGAAGACAUUGGUGCUUUCAGAAGGAGACCUUGUCACGGUCAAGAGCGCCGGACUCCCUCUCGGAAGCUUUGUCAAGAUCCAGCCCCAGAGCGUCGACUUUUUGGAUAUCAGUGACCCCAAGGCUGUGUUGGAGAAUGCGCUUCGCAACUUUUCGACGUUGACCAAGGGUGACAACAUUGAGAUUUCUUACAACGACAAGAUCUAUGGAAUUCUAGUCAUGGAAAUCAAGCCCCCAGGUGUUGGUAUUUCGAUCGUCGAAACGGAUCUUGAGGUCGACUUUGCACCCCCUGUUGGAUAUCAAGAGCCCACCCCCGUCCCCAGAAGCAGGCCCAUCAUGGAGAGCAAGCUGAGGAAGGAAGUGGAGGAGAGGAUGGCGACGCCUGAUAGCGCCAAGAAGAUUCCCUUUGAAGGUCAAGGCCAGAGACUGACACCUGCUGGUGGAAGCAAAAACAAAUCGACUGGAAAAUCAACUCCUGUUACGGCUACACCUACAACAACAGCUAGCCCAGCACCCGCAAUCAAGGGCAAGCAGGUGGAUGUGUUGGACAAGGAUGGAUCAGAGGCACCUGCAGCGUUGAACUUGCCUGUGGGCAACCUCUACUUUGGAUACAAGUAUGUGCCCCGCAAGACGGAUGAGGAUAAGGUCAGAGAGGCAGAGGAGCAGGCCAACAAGGAGCCCGUGUUUGAGGGAUCAGGCCAGACUCUUCGCCCACCACGCAAGAAUGCGACGGCCAGGGGUAGUGGAGCCAAUUCGCCCAGUCCGUCUGUCUCGUCCGCGACCAGUGCCUCCAGGGCUCCCACACCAGCGGCACAGGCGCCCAGCACAGAGCCCAAGCCUGACCCUGUUCCCUUCCAAGGCAAAGGCAACACCAUGCGCUAA